AUUUCCACCCUGGCACUGUCUCCAGGAGCAUCCCAACGACUCAGCUGGCUUUCAGCCUUGAGGACUGACUAGCUGACACUUCCGGGGGCACAUGCUACUGACAUGGGGGCCUUUCUUUGGCUACUCUUCCUCCUGCUGCUCUGUGAGGCCAAAGGGUUCUCUGGAGAUGAUGUGAACCCCGAGGACGUCAUGGCAGUCCUGCAGGAGUCUGUCAGCCUCUCCCCAGAAAUACCAUCUGACGAAGAGGUUGAUACCAUCGUCUGGUCUUUUCACCAGUAGCUUGCUACUGUGGUGCCAGGGAAGGAGGGACGCCCAGCUACCCUCACAGUGAACAACCUACAGUACUAGGGCCGGCUGAGCCUGCUGGACACAGGCUACAGCCUGCUCAUCAGCAAUCUGAGCUGGAAAGACUCAGGCUCUUACCAGGCUCAAGUCAACCUGAGAACAUCGCAGUUGUCCAUCAAGCAGUUCUACAAUCUAUGUGUCUACCGAAGGCUGUCCAAGCCCCAAAUCACAGUGAACUUUGAAAUUUUUGGAGGAGGUGCCUGUAAUACGUCCCUGAACUGCUCUGUGGAGAAAGUGGAUGUGGAUGUGACCUACAACUGGUUCUCCUUGGAGGAUAGCACCGACGCAAACUGUGGAGGCCCCGUCCUCAGCACAUCCUGGAAGCCGGUUGACAAAGCCCUCUCCUACAUUUGCAAGGCCAGCAACCCUGUCAGUGAUGUUAUUUCCAGUCCCAUCUCUGCAGGGCAUUUCUGUGCAGAUCCUGGCUAUUCUGAGAAGCCUUCCACGUUCUUCUGCCUCCUGGCCAAAGGACUACUGCUCCUCUUGAUCCUGGUAAUUCUGGCCGUGGGGCUCUGGGCCAUCCGAGUGCAGGAGAAAGCCCAAACGCCCCAGACGAAACAGCUCAGGAGAAACAGAAUGAAACUGAGGAGAAGGGGCAAGCCUGACCCCAGCCCAAUCUGACUAUCCCUGGGGGACUCCUGCCCUGAACUCUGUUUCUUUCUGGAUCUCAGGGAAUCCUUCCUCAGCUCCUGUUCCCAGACACUUGGGGGACAGGGAAUGUCCACAGGGCCACACUCCGUGAGGGAAGACCAUCUGGAAAUAAAAUCAGAGUGCCCGUUGCUGCAAAGAAGCCAUGUCUGGACCUUCCAGAAUGGUCGAGAUAAGACAUCUAUAAGAAAAUGACAGACAAGACAGUAAUGUCACCAGCAGAGAUCAAGGGUCCUCUCUGGAAGCUGAUCCUGGGUUGACAUUCUCGUCACCACCUGGCAAAGGCCCAUACCUUUGUUGUGAUCUUGCUCUUUCCUUAGCCUAGUGACUGGUCUGAAUUCCUCCCCUAGGCCUAAUGUGUCAUUGCCCAAGUUCCUAUAAUUCUGCCAAAGUCAGGUCUUGCAGCCAUUCCUUCAUGCAGAUGCUAUGGAGUGGGAGAAGUCAGACACUGGGGAGGGAACUAGCAGUCACCAAGUGCCAGGACAGGUGUAG